AUGAACCAGCUUCUUCUUUGCUUCGCACUAUUCGCUAUUUUCGGAUUCAUCUCUCCACAAUUCUACCUUUCCACAUGUGCCAGAAUGGAUGUGCCGAUUCUUGACAAAGCUGCCAGAGCAGCUUGCAUUACUUCAUGUAGCAUACAGGAAAUGAAUAGUAUGCAUCAGAUUUUAAUCGAAAACCUGUCAGUUAAUGACGUCAUUUACCACCACCGAUGUCCCGAAUUCGACCAUAUGAUAAGAUUGCAUAAAUCAAUUGCUACUGCUAAGCACGGCACGCUUAUGUUUACAUUAUAUCUAUUAUUUCUACCUUCAGCAUUCUCUCUACAGUGCUACAAUUUUAUUGAUCAUCAAUACGGUGGUGAAAUAGAGCAUGGAAAAAGAGAAGCUGUCGAAUGCACAAAUCCUGAAUACUGCCUGGAUUUGUUCAAAGAGGGAGACGAUGAGAACAUAUACUCAGCACUGUGUGCCAAUAACUCCGAUCCUGAAAACACUUGUAUGAGUAAUUCCUGCACAAAUUCUCAUGGUAACGGGUUUUCAACGAAAAAAUGUUGUUGUAACACUGCAUUGUGUAAUUUAUCAUCGUUCCAAAGAUAUUCUGUCUCGAUUCUUGUAAAUUUUGCUAUUUUUAUGGUUUUUGUUUUGUAA